AUGGCGUCAAUGACGUCGUUCGCCCGCGCACUGCGGUCCACUCCAACUACGCACACGACCACCUGCUCUAUCCUCCGAUCGCAUUUACGUCCUCGCUCUCUUCCUCGCUCCGUUUCCCCUCGGUCCGCUCGGUUUGUACACCCCGGUGCUUACCAGCCUUUCGUUCCGCCGUCCCCGAGCGAGCUAGGGAAACCCGCCCCCGCAAAGACCUAUGAUCGGUCCCGCAAAUGGCUCCGACGCCUUGUCUAUCUGUCGCUAGCCACCGGGGUGGUCUAUGCAAUUGAUACCCAGUUCUACGCAUCAUCCCUGACGAGAACAGCCCGAACUUUCACCUUAGGUCUAAUUGUGGCUCUGGACUAUAAGAUCAACUUCCGACCCAAUCCUCUCCUAGCCAGCUCCAUCAACCAUUUACACACUCGCAACGCCGAGAGACUGUCGGAUUUGCUGCGGCAUAAUGGAGGCCUCUACCUCAAGAUCGGUCAGGCAGUCGCCAUGCAGUCCGCCAUUCUGCCGCCCGAGUUCCAGAAAAUGUUCUCGCGUAUGUUCGACGAUGCCCCGCAGAACGACUGGAAGGAUGUGGAGAAGGUCAUCCGCGAGGAUUUUGGCAAGUCGCCGGAGGAAGUCUUUGGCGUGUCGUUCACAGGCGAUCCCACCAAAGGUGUCAUGGAGCGCAAGGCCAGAGCCAGUGCCAGUGUAGCGCAGGUUCAUUGGGCUCGCUUGGCCGACGGAAGAGAGGUUGCAGUGAAGGUCCAGAAGAGGGAAAUUGCGCAGCAGAUCCAAUGGGAUUUAUGGGCGUUCAAGGUCGUGACCUGGGUCUACAGCCGUGUGUUCGAUAUCCCGUUUUACUCUUUGGUCCCCUAUGUCAGCGAGCGCUUAUUCCUGGAGACGGACUUCGAGAAUGAAGCCGAUAACUCGGAGCACAUGGCCAGACUCGUUGCAGGCGAGUCACGCCUCCGAAAUCGUGUGUACAUUCCCAAGGUCUAUCGUGAACUGAGCUCCAAGCGGGUCAUGACCGCGGAAUGGAUCGAGGGCGUCCGCCUCUGGGAUAAAGAUGCUAUCACACGCUCCUGGCGCGGUGGCUGGCAUCAGGGUAGCCCAGGAUGCCACGGGACUCCAAUGGACCCCCCACAGUCCGACAGCACAUCCACCAAGGUCUCUCGCAACCCGAACGCAACCCAGCUCAAACCGGAGCGGGAUCACUGGCGUGGAUGGAACGGCCGCGGCGGACUCGGCCUCUCCCUGAAAGAGGUGAUGACCACCAUGAUCGACCUGUUCUCAGCCCAGAUGUUCCUCUGGGGCAUCCUACACUGUGACCCGCACCCGGGCAAUAUCUUCGUCCGUCGCAAACCCUCGGGUCAACCAGAACUCGUCCUAAUCGACCACGGCCUCUACAUUCACAUGGACACAGAUUUCCGACACCAAUACGCCCGCUUUUGGAAGUCACUUCUCACCUUCGACAACGCCGCCAUCCGCGACAUCGUCAAACAAUGGGGCGUCACGAACCCCGACAUCUUCGCCUCGGUCACCCUCAUGCGCCCCUACCAAGGCGGCGACCUCUCCACCCAACAACACUUCGAAGGCCUCUCCAAGAAGGACCGCGCCCAGCGCCACUACGAAGCCCAACAAGCCGCCCGCAAAGGAAUCCGCCAGAUCCUCGGCGACGAAAGCAAAUGGCCCAAGGAGCUCAUCUUCAUCGGCCGGAACCUGCGCAUCGUCCAAGCCAACAACCAAUUCCUCGGCUCCCCCGUCAACCGCAUCAAGAUCACAGGCACCUGGGCGUCCCGCGCCCUCGUCGAGUCUCCCGAUCUCCCCCUCAACGAGAAAAUCCAGAACUACGGCCGCCACAUCCUCUUCCGGCUCGUGCUCUUCACCAGCGACAUUUACUUCUAUUUCACGAAGAUUAGACAGUUCCUGAGACUCGGGGGCGGAAUGGAGGAUUCGCUGGAGGCGCAGAUGCAGAGUAUGGCUAAGGAUAUGGGGGUUGAUUUGCAGCAGAAUGUGUUUGAGGGAUAG